AUGGGCAAGAAUCGAUCUGCUGAGGGCUCCAAGAAGCGACGCCACACUCCAUCUGCCUCGCCCGCUGAGAAGAAGUCCAGAAAAUCCUCAAAGAAAGUCCGUCCUACUGUUGUGGAUGUCUCUCCUGUUCCUGUCACCACAGAUCUGGACCCCGUUUCUACUCCAGUGGCUUCCCCUUCACCAAGUCUCAAGACUAGUGAUGUGCCUGACCAUGUUGACACCGGCGUGACUGCUCUUGACGGUGAUAGCCUCUCUGCAACCCCACAAGAUGAUCUGCCCUCAGAUCCAGAGGUUACCCCCCGCCAUGUUGAGUUUCCUGUUCAACUCCGCCGCUCUAAUCGAAAACACGAAGGCCCAUCUGUCUCCACUCCUGCCUCCGUGUCUGAAGGUCAACAAUCCUCUUCUUCUGAGCCUAUUCCUGAGGAUGACCCUCUGCGUUCUGAAUCCUCUGAUUCAUCUGUGGGCUCUCAACUCUCUGCUGGUAAUUGCUUCUCAAACCUCUUUUAUUCCGCUCUUGCUAAAGAAAAUUGGGAUAGUAUGAGUAAGCGUGCGUGCUCUCCUGAGCGUGUUUUGUCUAGGGCUGUGUUAGCUUUGUCUGGGAUUUUCCGUCUUCUUAAAUCUCAAGGGUUGUUGGGCACUAUUGUGAGUGCACAACCUUUCGAAAGGUCUGCCAUUGUUGAGUUUUAUGCAAAUUUGUCUGAUCGUUUUUCUGUUGAGGGGUCUCGUGGGUAUGGGAAAGUGUAUGUGAGGGGUUCCUUCUUUUCUGUGACUCCUGCCUUGAUCAAUGAGUUUUAUAAAUGUCCAAACGAGGUGUCUCACAAACCCUCUGUUUCAAAAGAUUCUAUGGCCUCUGUUCUCACUGGCAAAGUGUUAAAGAAAUGGCCCGGUCCGAAAUCCUCUUUUCAUGUUUCUAAGCUGACUCAGCUUUAUUCGGUCCUGUUUAAGAUAGGCAUUUCAAAUUGGUUUCCCACUACUCACAAUGCUACUCUCAAUCCAACCCAAGCUGAGUUCUUAUGGUGCAUCACUCACGACCUCAAGAUCAAUAUUGGUGAACUGAUUUUCAAUCAGAUUGGUGCGUUAGCCAAUUCCCGCACUGAGCGUGAGCAUUUGCCAUUUCCUUCUCUGAUCUAUCAGCUUCUGAUCAAACAAGGCCUGCCUACUCGUGAUGCCACCCUGUUGGACCCACCUGGCCGUCCAAUUACUAUCCACGGUAAGGUCCUCUCUGAACAUUUUGCUGAUCUGCCUCCUGUCGAUCCUUCUGUUGUUCAGACAGUCCCUCGUGCGAAGAAGGCUCCAAUUGUCUCUGCCUCUAUUCCGCCGCCGGUUGAUGUGGUCACCAAGGAUGAGCUCACUCGUUUUCAGGAGUCUAUCCAGGCUCAGCUCGCUCAAGGGUUUGCCUCUAUUCAGCAUCAGCUGCUUAGGACUUUGGCACAUUCUGGUCAGAAAGGGGGAGUAGCAACAACUCCAACUCCUGCGGCUUCCACCAAGACCAAAGAUAAAGGCAAAAAGCAGGCAUCCCUCCUCACUCCUCCACAGCCCAGCUCUCGUGAUGAUGAUGAUUUGUUCUCUGGCUUUAGUUACUAA